UUUUGAAUAAAACAGCGACUCGGAAUGGGCUGUGUCUGAGUUUUUCUUUCGCUCUCAUCUUCUUCACUUCUUCAUCCUUCCUCUUUCUUUUAUAUACUCUACCCGGACGCGUUUAGUUUUCUCGCUUUCAUAGUUUUACACAAUAUUUGUCGGGAAAGCUGCGAUGUUUGGUACUCUUCGCGGGGGACGGGUCCUCGUUCGCAACCUUCAAAGAUGUGUUCGCCGGCCCAAUCCUCUGUCGCUCGUUAAUCGGACGCUUCCCCUACCUCACCGGGCAAUUACAUUUCCAGUUAGAACAUUUUAUGUAUCGCCGUUGCUUCGGAACAGCGCUGGGGAAGCAGUGAGCCCCGUCGCCAGCGCAGAUGUCCCAACACCACCCGAAGGGGAGACGAAGAAAUUGCUGAAAUUUGCCGACCUGCAUGGCCCAGGGCUGGUGGAUAAGAAAAUCGUGGAUGCUAUUCUAAAAAUGGGCAUUACAGACAUGACCGAAAUUCAAGCCCAAACCAUCAAUCACACGCUAAACGGAAAAGAUGUGCUCGCCCAGGCUAAGACCGGCACCGGCAAGACCCUUGCUUUCCUCGUUCCUGUCAUCCAGAAGAUAAUUCGCGACGAUCCGUCGUUGCGGACUGGUCAAAAAUUUCGGCAGCGUGGCGGUUCCAAUAUUCGCGCCGUUGUCAUCUCGCCGACUCGUGAACUUGCGGAGCAAAUCGCCGAAGAGGCCCAGAAAAUAGCCAGAUUUACAGGAGUCCAAGUACGAACGGCGGUUGGCGGGACCAGGAAAAUUGAAGGACUUCGAAAAAUCCAGCGUGAAGGCUGCCAUCUUCUUGUUGGCACUCCGGGUCGCCUUAUAGAUAUUUUCAGCGACCCAAGGAGUGGGAUUGCGGCGCCGAACCUGAAAGCAUUCGUCUUGGACGAGGCAGAUCGUUUGCUCGACGACGGGUUUGCCCCUUCUAUUAUGGACCUGCAGACCUAUUUCCCAAAGCGAAGCGAGGUGGACCGUCAGACUCUGAUGUUCUCGGCCACCAUCGCACCCGAAAUUCUAAGCAUGGUUCGACGUACAUUGAAGCAAGAUUUUUCCUUCGUGAAAACCGUCAGAGAUGACGAAGCACCAACACAUUUGAAAGUUCCACAGAGGGCUGUGUUCCUUGAUUGUCGAUCGAACCAGAUGCCAGCUAUCAUGGAAAUCUUGACGCAGGCGAUUAGAAGACAUGAAACGGAUCCCGUUCAAAACAGCCCAUUCAAAGCCAUCGUCUAUUACAACUCCACAAACGAGGUUUCCAUAGCGGCCGCUGCGUUUAACGCAUUACUUACCGACCCAGAAAGCCGUUUCUCGCCGCAUCCCUUUGGUAUCAAGGGGAUUGAAAUCCAUUCUAAAUUAACUCAGGCCCAAAGAACGAGGAAUUCGGAUAUGUUCCGUAGAGCAAAAUCCGCUAUCCUGUUCUCUUCUGAUGUGACUGCUCGCGGAAUGGAUUUCCCAAACGUGACACACGUUAUCCAAGUCGGUGUUCCACAAAGCAGAGAGACAUACAUUCACCGCCUAGGGCGUACGGCUCGUGCAAACAAAACUGGUGAAGGAUGGAUUCUGCUCACGGAUCCUGAGUAUCGUGAGUUCAAGACUACACUCAGGGGCCUGCCUAUCCAGGAAGAUGAGGCGCUCCUCAAGACUGCUAUGAUAGACAUGUCACGAGAGAACCCUGAUGCCCCUGAGCCCACAGCUUCUAUCAUUUCCCAGGCCAAGCAAGCAUAUAGCGGCCUUGAUUAUACAUUAAAAGAGAAGGCAUAUAUGUCCUCCUUAGGCUUAAUCCGCUCACGAGACCAGUUUCGUCAACUAAAUAAUAUGACGAAACAUCUCUGGAGCCUUGACUCACCUCCUCCUAUCUCUCUCGCAUUGGCAAGAAGAUUGAAUAUUCGUCAUUAUCCUGGUAUUGUUAUCGAAUCCGCACGAAGGGAGCCGUCGGCGCUAGGAUCGCCCCUCAGCGAUGAAUCUAGACGCCGUAGAACGACCGAUUUCGGAGACGAGGGGCCAUACCAACAAUCGUUCCAGCGGAACGACCGUCGAAGCCGUAGAACGAACGGUUUCGGUGGCGAGGGGCGGUACGAACCAUCCUUCCGGCGGAACGACCGUCGAGGCCGUAGAACGAGCGGUUUCGGUGGCGAGGAGCCAUAUGAACCGUCGUUCCGGCGAAACGACCGUCGAAGCCGUGGAAAGACUGAUUUCCAUCACGACGAACCACUUGAUCCAUUGUCCAUGGGGGACGAACAUGGAGGCAGUGGAAGCAGCGGAAGAACCGACUUCCAACGUUCCGAGACAAGAACCCGCCGAUGGAGAUGAAUGCCAGUUGGCCUUUAUUAAUCGCCACUCUGUUUUAACCAGCUCGAUUUACAGUAUUCAAAAUUGUUGAACAGUUUCAUUUUUUCUGAAUGGACUCAUCUAGGCGGUUUGGCGUACGACUGUUUAUUUGCUGCUACGAUUUCGAUUGUUCGACUGUUAUAUUUGCAUGAGGUAUCAUGUUCGGAAACUGGGUCCUGUCUACAUUCUUAAAGGUCCACGGAGUUGAAGGCGUCGAGUUACCACACGUAAAAGCAAUUCUCUACGGAUAGAUCGGCGACCGUCCGAUCUGUUUUUUACGCAUGCGCUUGUAUCCCUCCCUCUGAACAUGGCUUUAAUACUUUUGUUGACGUGUAUUAUUAACAAUUUCAUGGCGUGGUAUGCUAUACUUCUUGGAAGAUUUACUAUUGGCGGAGCAGCCCUAUCAUGCAGCUUUGUCCUUCCUUGGACUUUGUGUAUUACUUUCUUUCGUCCCUCGGGCUCUGGUCAUGGCGGCGUUGACGUAUAUGGGCAUUGGUUGGUUGCGAAACUAUUCUACUCCUCAGACCGUGAUACCGAACACACAUGUUAGCACUGAUAUGUAUUUUAUUGUUGAUAUUAUCUUAUACAGGAGUUCAUGUAUGUCAUCUUCGUAAAUAACUGUUAACAGGACGAUGCCAUACCUGCUUCAA